AUGAAUAAGUUGAACCGAGACUACGAUCCAUUUAGCGCUACAAAAGCUUCGAAACGACCUUCGCUCCAAUGUGCAGCAUUAACUAUUGACAGUUUUGACGUACGCGCAAGAUUCAACGAUGUAGCAUGGUUUCUCACGGAACGACCUGUUGAUGAAGUAUGGGGUGGUUCUUUCUUGCCAGUAUUUUGUUGCUUUCCUUAUGCGGAUGCUGCGAAACCGUCAAUCACAUUUUUCGAAAACCUGACGCGGCGGGAGCGCCGAUGCCACAGAGUGGUGCUGGAAGUGCUGGGAGCCACGGUCAACCGCAGGCCGGAUCGUCGCCGAGCACCCCGGGCCCCGGUGGCGGUGGUUCUACCGGUGGUGCUACCGGAAGCGGCGGCGGCGGCGGCGGUGGCGGCAUUGGCGGAGGUGGCGGAGGUGGCGGAGGUGCUACCGGUUUCUCCACCGGCGCCGCCGGGGCAGCCUCCUUCGGUCUCGGUACCGGAUCUAUCGGCGGCGGGUCAACCGGCGGUGGAGCCGGCGGCGGUGCCGCAGCUUCCGGGACCGGCUGGUCCAACAAGGGGCCCACUCGUCGGGGCCGAGGAUGGCGCGACUGGCGUCGCGGCGAUCCUACCCUCAUCAAGGGCCUCUGGAAGUCAAAGGGUCCUCUAGAUUCGCUCGGACAGGCGGAGAUCUACAUCAUCGUGGCUCUCCUGAUCGGCUUCUUCACCGUGGUGAUCGGCUGCUGGCUAUCGGACAACUGCUGGUCGCCGGAACCGGAAGGGGUGGUAACCCUCGCAUAGCCUAGUGCCGACUUCCGUUCCUCCAGGCGAUAACAACUACUACGACGCCCCUCCUACAGGAUUCUUCAGGACCUUGGCCGCUAUUCGGAUCAUCGGCGUGACAACGCACCCGGCAAUCAUCGACCGUUGCUCGACAUUAACGACAAUGACACGCUGCUGCGCGUAUGAGCGCCAGGCGACCUCAUGCGGGACCUUUCCCAUCGAAGAGGUAUUCGCUCGAUCGCGAAACAAUCCCCUUCGCAAGUUCCUAUUUCGCAAGAGAGAUGAGCUUUCGAGCAGGAUGGUCGAUUCUUUGAGCGCGAAAAGAGACGUCGAAAAGGGAGAUGAAAUUAUAAAGGAACGAACUUUGAAAUUUUUCGCUUUCUAUCAUACAUAUCGAUUCUCAAAGAAGCUGUAAGAGUGCGAAAUUCGACGCUUGCCACUUCCAAAAUGAGUGCGCUGGAAUUAAAACUUACUUACGAAAAGUUACGUUGCGAUAUUUUAUACAGAAACAGAUGACAGUGUGGCUUAUUGUAUCCAAUCGAGAUGAUCUCUAAGACUGGCUCUGCAACCAGUCGGCUCCUUUCGCGUCGUUAUAAAGAGGUGGGAGAGAUUUUUUAAGUAUCAAUAAAAUGUAUGUGUGUACGUA